UGGGGGGACUCGUGGAAAUGGAAGCUGCCCACGGCCCCUCAGACGGGCUCCCGUGGAAAGCCCUCCUUGUUGGGCAGGAGGGGGCCGACUCCGGGGAAGAACGCGGUUUAGGGCCUAGGGGGCCACGUGACCCUCCCCCAGGAAUGCGGUGACGUCACGGGGGCGUGGCCGUCCCCCAAAUUAGGGAGGAAGGGGAAAAAAAGCCAGAAAAAGUUUCUUUCCUGGAGUCCCAAACGAGGUGAGCGACCGAAGAAAGGGUCAAGUCCAGAGGCUUCGGGCUCCGUGGGACCCUGAACGCGCUGUCUGGAGACGCCCAUUCUAGGCCAUGUCGGGGCCCACCUGGCUCCCCCCGAAGCAGCCAGAGCCCGCCAGAGCCUCUCUGGGGCGAGCUCUCCCCCGAGGCGCCCUGGGGCCGCCGCCAGCUCACGGAGCAGCACUUCAGCCCCACCCCAGGGUCAAUUUUUGCCCCCUCCCAUCUGAGCAGUGUUACCAGGUCCCUGGGGGGCCCGAGGAUCUGGGGCCAGCCUGGGUGGGUUGCCAUGGAACACCCCAGCGUUCGCAGGGCCCCCCCCCAGACAGGGGGGGCCAGCGCCCAGGAAGUCUGGAUGCUGAGAUAGAUUCUCUGACUAGCAUGCUGGCUGAGCUGGAUGGGGGUCGUGGUCAUGCUCCUCGGAGGCCUGACCGGCAGGCUUACGAGCCCCCUCAGCCCCCUGCCUACCGCCCUGGCUUGGGCUCCCUGAAGUCAAAUGGAGGUGGUGUUCCUCCCCCACUGCUCCCAGUGUCCCCCUAUGGGGGCCCCACUCCAGCCUCCUAUGCUACAGCCAGCACUCCCGCUGGCCCUGCCUUCCCUGUGCAAGUGAAGGUGGCACAACCAGUGAGAGGCUGUGGCCCCCCCAGGCGGGGGGCCUCUCAGGCCUCUGGGCCCCUUCUGGGCCCCCACUUUCCUCUCCCAGGCCGAAGUGAAGUCUGGGGGGCUGGCUAUAGGAGCCACCGAGAGCCAGGGCCCGGGGGUAAAGAGGAGGCUGCUGGGGUCUCCAUCCCUGCAGGAGGAGGAAGAGGAGGCAGGUAUGGGCCCCAGGUCUCCCUGAGCCAGCCUCCCGAGGAGGAGCUCGAGAGGCUGACCAAGAAGCUGGUGCACGACAUGAGCCACCCGCCCAGUGGGGAGUACUUUGGCCGGUGUGGUGGCUGCGGAGAAGAUGUGGUUGGGGAUGGGGCCGGGGUUGUGGCCCUGGACCGCAUCUUUCAUGUUAGCUGCUUUGUGUGUUCUACGUGCCAGGCCCAGCUUCGGGGCCAACAUUUCUAUGCCGUGGAGAGGAGGGCAUAUUGUGAGAGCUGCUAUGUGGCCACCUUGGAGAAGUGCUCCACAUGUUCUCAGCCUAUCCUGGACCGGAUCCUGCGGGCUAUGGGGAAGGCCUAUCACCCUGGCUGCUUCACUUGUGUGGUGUGCCAUCGUGGCCUCGAUGGCAUCCCUUUCACGGUGGAUGCCACCAGCCAGAUCCACUGCAUUGAGGACUUCCACAGGAAGUUCGCUCCACGAUGCUCAGUGUGUGGUGGGGCCAUCAUGCCUGAGCCAGGUCAGGAGGAGACCGUGCGAAUUGUUGCUCUGGAUCGCAGUUUUCACAUCGGCUGUUACAAGUGCGAGGAGUGUGGGCUGCUGCUCUCCUCUGAGGGUGAGUGUCAGGGCUGUUAUCCGCUGGAUGGGCACAUCUUGUGCAAGGCCUGUAGCGCCUGGCGCAUCCAGGAGCUCUCAGCCACCGUCACCACUGACUGCUGAGUCUUCCCAGAAGCAACUGCUGCGUUCUUCCUUCUCAUCGACCACCUUCCCUGACAUCUACCUUUACAACUUUGUCACUAAAUGCUGUUUUCUCUUCCUCUAAUCAUGAAAUAAUAAUCUCCCAAGAGUUUACAAAACA